CGGAGGGAGGGGUGGUGGGACGACUGACAGCGGCUACUCCUAUUGGUCAAUGGAGGGACGAUACAAAUAAGGCGCCAUAUUUGUUUGGGUCACGUGACGCCACCUCUUCGGACUGGAGAAAGCUAGGACAUGCGGAGUCAACCAGCUACCUGGCUGAGGAUCGUUCCUUUCAGUUUUGACCACUCCUCUGCUCGAUACCUUCAGUUCUGCGUUCAGCGGGGCGGGUGGCAGAAAUAUCAGUGUUCGUUGAUUUUUUUCAUGUCUCUUUUACUCCAUAGCGUUUGAAGUCAGCUUUUACUAAGCGCCCGCCGGUGACAGUGUUUUGCCAGGCCUUCUUCCAGAGGAAGAAGACCUGGAUGCUCCUCCAUUGCUAUUUUAUCCACUUGGGUUCUGUUAUAAUCGCAGAAUCCUGCGUUCUGAAUUCCCAUUUUCUGCCUAACCCCAUUGAUUUAUUUGCUCACUUACCCGACAGUCGUUAAUUGAACGGUGUCCUAGGCCCUACUUUUCAGGCUGAAUAAGUUGCAGACCCUGUCCUCGAGUUCACAGUCUAAUAACAAGUGCAGGGUUCUUUUUCUGCUGCAUCUGAAAGCAUGGGUAGCAAGAAGCUCAGAAGAGUGGGCUUAUCACAAGAGCUGUGUGACCGUCUGAACAGAUAUCAAAUUGUUACCUGUCAGGACUUUUUAUGUCUUUCCCCACUGGAACUUAUGAAGAUGACUGGCCUUAGUUAUCGAGGUGUCCAUGAACUUCUGUGUAUGGUCAGUAGAGCCUGUGCCCCACAGAUGCAAACGGCUUAUGGGUUAAAGAUGCAAACAUCUGCCUCUGUCUCACCAGUGUUCUUAGCUACAACUCUUUCUGCAUUGGAUGAAGCCCUGCAUGGUGGAGUGGCUUGUGGAUCCCUCACAGAGAUUACAGGCCCACCAGGUUGUGGAAAAACUCAGUUUUGUAUGAUGAUGAGCAUUUUGGCCACAUUACCCACCAACAUGGGAGGAUUAGAAGGAGGUGUUGUAUACAUCGACACAGAGUCAGCAUUUAGUGCUGAAAGACUGGUUGAGAUAGCAGAAUCUCGUUUUCCCAGAUAUUUUAACACUGAAGAAAAAUUACUUUUGACAAGCAGUAAGGUUCAUCUUUAUCGGGAACUCAGCUGCGAUGAAGUUCUACAAAGAAUUGAAUCUUUGGAAGAAGAAAUUAUUUCAAAGAGAGUUAAACUUGUAAUUAUUGACUCUGUUGCUUCCGUGGUAAGAAAGGAGUUUGAUGCACAACUUCAGGGCAACAUGAGAGAAAGAAAUAAGUUCUUGGCCAGAGAAGCUGCCACCUUGAAGUAUUUGGCUGAGGAAUUUUCAAUCCCGGUUAUCUUGACGAAUCAAAUUACAACGCAUCUAAGUGGAGCCCUAGCUUCCCAGGCAGACCUGGUGUCUCCAGCUGAUGAUUUGUCCCUGUCUGAAGGCCCUUCUGGAUCCAGCUGUGUGACGGCUGCCCUAGGAAACACCUGGAGUCACAGUGUGAACACCCGGCUGAUUUUCCAGUACCUUGGUUCAGAGAGAAGACAGAUUCUCAUUGCCAAGUCCCCUCUGGCUCCCUUCACCUCAUUCGCUUAUACCAUCCAGAAGGAAGGCCUGGUUCUUCAAGGCCUUACGUGUAACGAGAGUUACUGUACAGCUGUCAACCAGACCCCACCCGGGAAAGUCUCCAUUUAAAGGGAAAAGAACUGAAUCACCCACAGCUUUUACAGAGAGGUGUUAAUAAUAUUUUUGCUUUCCGUUCUAAUUAUAAAAAUACUGCGUGCUUACAGUAGACAUUUCAGAAUAUAGUAAAAUACUAAAAGUAAAAAUCACUCAUAAUUUCAUUGCCUGAAGAUAAUCAUUGUUUAUAUUUUUGUAUAUUUCCCUCCAGUCUUUUUUUUUCCAUAUGCACAUGUAAUUUGUGUUUAUUGUUGCCAGUUUUAUUUGGCUUUUAGCAAAAUGGAGACAUACCGUUUACAGUUUUCCUUGCCAUCUCAUGGCUGUACCCAUUAUCAGUUUAAUCAAUCCCCAUUUGUUGGACAAAGAGUUGCUUCUCAGUUUUUAUAGUAAAUAAUAUAGCAAUCA